GAAACUUUUUUCUAUGAUGACUUACUUGUUACCAAAAAGAUUUUUGAAUCAGAAUUAUUUUACAAAUUUACUAUCACGAUUUCAAUCCUAUGAAUUCAUCCAAAAUCAUGGAUAUGUUUAUGAUGUUACUUUGAUUGAAAAAGGCCCAAUUGCUAUGCUGAAAAAUAAAAUAGCAAAAGGAGAAUUAAUGGAAGAUGAACAUCAAAUAAAAGUUACUAAGACAUUACAAGGUAUUUAUGAAGAACUAAAUGGAUAUAAACCUGAAGAAUUCAACUUAUUAGACAAGUGGCUUGGUAGAAAAAGAAAGCAACCACCAAAAGGACUAUAUCUUUAUGGAGCAGUUGGUGGAGGUAAAACCAUGUUGAUGGAUCUUUUCUAUCAAUGUUGUCAGAUUGAAAACAAAAAAAGAGUACACUUUCAUUCUUUUAUGUUGGGUGUACAUAAUAAGGUGCAUGAAAUAAAAAAAAGUAUUAUAAGAGAUGUCAGUAGUACAAAACUCCAACCGUUUGACCCAAUACCACCAGUUGCAAAAAGUAUUACUGAAGAAGCUUGGUUACUUUGUUUUGAUGAAUUUCAGGUAACUGAUAUUGCAGAUGCUAUGAUAUUAAAGCGAUUAUUCACUGAACUUUUUAAUAAUGGUGUAAUUGUUAUUGCAACUAGUAAUAGAGCACCCGAUGAUUUAUAUAAAAAUGGACUACAAAGGGGGAACUUUAUUCCAUUUAUACAAGUUCUGAAAAAUUAUUGUAUUAUAAAUUCCCUAGAUUCAGGUAUAGAUUAUAGAUUGAAAACAGGACUUAGAGACGAAAAGAUUUAUUUCAUAAAAGGAGAGGAUGCAACAAGUGAUGUAGACAAAGUGUUUAAAUAUUUAUGCUCAAAGGAAAAUGAUGUUGUGAGAUCUCGAACUAUUUCUAUAAGGGGCCGUAAUGUUACAUUUAAAAGAACCUGUGGUCAGGUGUUGGAUACAACUUUUGAAGAGUUAUGUGAUAGACCACUUGGUGCCAGUGAUUAUUUAGAACUAAGUCAAGCAUUUCAUACAGUUAUUAUAAGAGAUGUGCCACAGCUAAAUUUUCGUCUUAAAUCUCAAACUAGAAGAUUUAUUACAUUAAUUGACACAUUAUAUGAUAAUAAGGUACGUGUUGUAAUAUCUGCAGCUGUACCACAUACAGAACUUUUUGUACCAGAAAAAGACAGUGAAUAUACAGAUGAAAAACGAAUGUUAAUGGAUGAUUUAAAAAUAUCACAUGGAUCAGAUGAUCAUAAAUCUAAUCUUUUUACUGGAGAAGAAGAACUUUUCGCUUUCGAUCGUACUGUAUCACGCCUUUCGGAAAUGCAAACUACACAGUAUUGGGAACAAUGGCAACAGUAUAGAUAA